UGUGGUACUACUUACGUCAAUGAAAUAAAUGUCAAAUUGUUUAGGAAAAAUCGCGUUGUCUAAUUUUUUUGGAUUUCCCCAAGUUACAUAUUUAAAUGAAAUGUACUCACUUCAUUUGAUUAUUUAGUAAUCCAACUUAUACAUAAACCGCUGUUAGAUUCAAAUUUCAAUAUAAUUGGCUUAUUGAUAAUAAUAGCUGUUUGUAAUCACUUUACGUGUGACGUGGCUGUUUAUAUUCAAUUUGGACGUAUCAUAAUGUGAAAUGUGAAUAGGAUAACUUAUUAAAGUGAUGGAUGAAAGAAUAAAGAACUCCCCUUGUAAGGAAUGUAGUGACGGUGCCGAGGCACAGUUGCACCAGGAGGUGGAACACUUGAGGCAGCACCUCGCCGAGCGAGAUGUGCACUUUGUGGCUUUAGAAGCAGAGUUCUUUAAGAGUACCUCAAGAGUCAAUGAUUUAGAAGACCAAGUUGGUACAUGGAGAGAAAAGUAUGAAAGAUUAUAUGAUUCACAUAAAAGGGUGCAGAAAUUAAAUCAAGUUCUUGAGGAAAAGUUGCUUCAAAUGGUGGAUAAGAUGAAAAGUGAAAAGAGCCAAUUGACCAAAGACAUUGCUACUUUAUCUGUGAGAUUAGCUGAAUCAAAGCAUAAUUACAGUAUGCUACAGAAAGAAAAUGAGAGAUAUAAAAAUGAUAUGAACUUAGCAAUCCAAUUAUUGCAAUGCAAACCUGACAAUUUUGUAUCUCAAAAACUGGAUAAUCUUCCUGUUGAUACCCAAGCAAGAGUGUCUCAAUAUGUCAUGUCCAAGACUGUGAAGCCUGUCAGUUCUACACAUUCAAAAAAUGGAAAUGAAAUUGACACUUUUGAUGCAAGUGAGUAUGAAUUUAAUAUUUCUGCAUCACUUAUGUCAAAAAUUCUUGAAGACAGCAUUCAGGAUUCUGUGACCAAGCACUGUGACACCUGCUCUUGUUCAAAAUCUCAAAACAAACCUUUCUGUUACAAUGAAAGUUAUUAUACUGUUUCAACACAGACAAUGUUGAGUGGAGAAAUUAAAAACAGUCUAUGCUUAAACUGUAAUGCGGAAAUAAAAUCGUUGCAUUCGGGUUUGAGUGUACGCAGCCAUUCCCCUCCUGGAGUCAGGCUUGUUAAUGAGAGAAUAAACCACAGUCCUUUAUACAUAAUGCCACAUAAUAGUCUUGCUGAACCAAAUGAGGCGCGAGAGCAUGUAGUUGAAAAUAACAAACCUAAUAAUGUUAUUAAUGACAUGAUUAAAAGUGAAGACAAAUUGAAAUUAGAAUUGCAAAGAGAAAUUGCUCAUAAAGUAGAGGAAAAUUUCAAACUUCGCAAAAACAGUGUCACUAUGGAGCCAUCCGUUCAUCACAAACUGUGUGAUCGCACAAAAACCUCGAUAUCUAGUAAAAAAAGCAGUAUCAACAGCUUAAGCCCGGAAGAUAUACUCAUUCGAGAUGUACUGAAUAAUAGUAAAGAAAUGAUACUGAAAACUUCGAUUCUCCCGGCUGAGAAAGCAAAUUUAAGGGCGAACUCUCAUGGUUCAAUGGGAGCUGCCAGCCGAACAUCGUCUGUUGCAAAAUCAACCGUGAGCACACACAAGUCUAAUACACAAGUAGGUCCGGGGCCGAGAUUCUGCCACUUGCGUAUGCAAGCGGGUUCUAAAAAUAUAUUACUAGAUAACGCUGAACCAGAUGUUCCACCCGUUUUAUAUCGACGUCAGAGCAAAUGUAACGAAAGUUCAAUUUUUAAAGACCUUAAUGAUGGUUUAGAUAAUUUUAUAGAUUUAGACAAAUGUAACGAUGAUACCAAAAGCGAUACUAAUAAAAAUGAAAACGUUGUGGUUGAAAGCACUUUGAUAGACGUCCAUGUCGAUAGUAAUAAUAAAGAACCUAGUAUGACUGUGAAAAGUAGUUCCAUAAAUCCAGUAUUGUUAAAUGUAUCCUCGUCACCACUACAACCAUUAAAGACUCAUAAUUUUUCAAAUAAUUCUGAGUAUAAUAACAAUUCCCAGAUCGGAAGCCAGCAUAACACAUCAGAGAUCGAUAACUUAUUGAAUGAUUUUAAUGGAGAUUCGAACAAUACUCCAAACAACAAUGAUCAUAGUAUUGAUGUACCAAAAAAAAUUGAUGUCGAAUCGCCCGUUGAAAAUCAGGAAAUAAAAAUCUUUAAUUUCGAUCGUUACGAACAAAGUAAGGUGGCCAAUCAGUUUAACAGGUCGAUAAAGAAAAUUGACAUGUCACAGCUUCAUUCUAUUGAAAGCACAAAAAUUUCAAAAGAUUUUCCUCCUGUUGGCGCAGAGGAAGUCCUUGAUAAAAAAGUAGAACCUUUGAAACCGACUUUACCAAACAUAGUCAAUGUUUAUCCAAAUCUAACUCAAACACAUUUGAAGGUUAAUGAAAGUAAGAAAGUGUUCACAAAUGAGCAAAGUACCAGCUCACUAUCAAGUGACGACAGCGCAGCACUAUUACAAAAACAACAACUGCUCAGAGUUGCGGAGUGGGUGGAAAAGAAUUUGGAGCAGCAAAACAAUUUGAACGACCCAUUAGAGGAUGAGUGCUCGUUUACGGCUCGUGCUAUGCGGAGAGACAGUAAAAUAAACAGACUCACCGAAACACUGAACGAAUUGGCACUCAGUAUGCCACAUCCAGUCAGCAAGUAUUCGAAGUUGUACAACAAGGAGCCUCGUAAUAAUUGGAUUCACAGUGUUGUAACAAGUCAGAACACGAAUCAAGAUAAACACAGACAGGGUGAAUCUAAUUCGAAAAUGGUUAACAGCAUUGUGAAAGAAACUAUAUUCCCAGUUGAAUGCGGCGAUGAAACGGUCACUGAAAUCAAUGAUAAAAAAGUUUAUAGUCGCGGAGACGUAACAGAGAUUGACGUUGGCAAAGAAUUGCGCGAUGCCUUGAAAAAUAAAGGCGAAAAGGAAAUAUCGCCUGAAGAUUUGGCGAAAAUGGAAUAUAAUGUGAAGAAGUUUUUAUUGAGCGGGCCUUAUUGGGUGCACUCUGGUUCCGGAGGCAGAAGUCGGCGCACAAGCAGCAAAACUGAGACUGAUGUAUAAUUCCAUGGUAGUUAAUUAUGAUGAAGACAUUCCUUAUUAGUAACGUUUAUGUAUUUUCGCGGUAUGUAGCUAUGUGUUUUUUUUAUUUACAUGUUAACUACAUGUAAAUAAAAUUUUAGGUAGUGCCCUUUGUGUUGUGUAAGUUAUUUAAAAUGUAGGUCGUGUACGUGCGAUAUCGUCAACCAAAAACUCGUAAAUCACGUUAUAUUCCUAAAAUUUGCUUUUGGCCCUUUCAAACAAACUAAAUAACGCAUCGCGCGAUUUCAAUAAGUAGUUAAUGCUAUAAAAUAUUCACAAGAGCUUAAAAUAAUACAUUUAAUCAUGUUAGAUGAUACAUAGAUAUUCAAUCAAAUAAAUAAAUAUCUAUUAGAUAUUCCUUUGAAACUAAUAAAAGGUAACUUUUGUCGGAUUUCUUUGUUGUUACUUAAAUAGGAUUUUGUCCACAGAAAUUAACAUUAAAUACUAAAACUUCUAUAUCACACUACUGUAUAAAAUCUCUAGUUCCUAGUGUAAUAAAAGAUACAGCUUUUUGAAGCGUAUUUUUGUAUACAUAAAUCCGUAAUGAAAAGCUUAAAUACUUUCUCCUGAAAAAAAAAAAUUGCACCUUAAAAUUUGGCAUAGGAGCAGAAGUAAAUGCUACAAUUAAACAAAUAUAUGGAAUUAUACUAGAUGAAACUGGAUUCCUUUAAAAUUCAUAACACUAUUGACUUAUUAAUACAAAUUAAGUCAAUUAAAUCGUGUGACAAGUAAUUACUCGUAUCACGAUUUCGAUUGCCAAUUAGUAUACCUUUUUCAAAAAACGAAUCCUUUCUUUUACCUAUUUUCUUUGUUAUCAAGAAGUGUUCAAACAUUAAUGCGUUAGGAUUCGAUGUUCUUUUGAAUGUUAUUCGAUUUGUUUGUGUAGUCUAAUGUAGUAUAUGCAUUGUGUGUUUAGCUUAUUGGCUGUGUUGAUGUUUUGAUAAUAAAUAAUAUUUUGGUUUAGAGAUAUACAUUAUAAAUGCAUAAUAUUAUAGGCAAGCCUCACAGCCGAGUCUUCGCCUGCGUAUUACAGGUGUGCAGAGUAUAAUGAUAGAAGGAAGCGCCAUUUGUGUGGCAACAAGAUUCAGUUAUGUAGGUUGCCUAUCGAAACGUUAAGAUUAAAGUAGAAUGUACCUACUUGCUCUGGUAUUAAAACUCAAUUUCGUCCCCGGCAAGUUUGUUGAUGACACUCCCAUGAUAUGCGGGCGACAGGGGAAAGACUGCGCGGGUGUGAAAUCGUGCGUGCGGGGAAAUGAGGUGCAUCAGUCGUGUGUUUUUCAUUCAUCGCUACACGUUACGACGUUACGAACGAAUUGCCAAGCUAUAAUUAUGUCUAAAACGCGUUAAAAAAACCAUACAGUAUGUUAAUUUUACUUUAAUCUUAAUAAGUUUCAAUAUUGCUAAAUUACUACUCAAAUGGAACGCAAUAAUGUUAUACUGCAUUUAAUACUAAUUAAUUUAUUAAUAAUAAUUCCUAAGCAAUAUUUUAUCCAUCGCUUACGAACCAAAGUAUUGCUGGACUGUCUUAAUAUACCAUGAAUUUCCGCUAAAGUUAAUUAUCUAAAAUUAAACAGAACUUAUGCAUUUCUAUUUAUCUGUGUCGUGACGUAAACCUCUCUACUAAGUCGUUAUGUAAUCAAAUUAUUUGUGUAAUUAACUAUUAUUGUAGGCAAACCUCAUAAACGAGUCCUUGACCACGCGGUACAGGGAGGGUAUGGCCACGGAAGGGGGUGAGGUGUGGGGUAAAACGUGCGCUAAUAGGGAAUCGAACAACUUUUUAAUACCUUACCUUACCUUAUCAGCCGAUGGACAGCUAGACAUAGGCCACCAGCAUCCAAUGGCUCACGCAACCCGCUUGAUGUCCUCAGUCCACCUAGUGGGGGGUCGACCAACAUUGCGCUUCCCUGUGCGGGGUCGACAUUCCAGCACUUUGGACCCCAACUUCCAUCGGCUGUUCGAACUAUGUGGCCUGCCCAUUGUCACUUCAGCUUCGCGACUCGCUGGCUAUGUCAGUGACUUCGGUCCUCCUUAUUUCUGAUUCGAUCACGCAGAGAAACUCCAAGCAGAGCCCGCUGAGUUACUUGGAGCCGUCUAAUAGGGCCCAUAGUUAGCGACCAACCAACCCAACCAACCAACUUUUUAGUAUGUGUUUAAAAUUAAUAAUACAGCAGAAGCCCCUCGGUUUUAUCCGCUUUCCCGUAGGAAUACGAGAAUAAAAUAUUAAAAAAAAAACGGUUCAGUAGAUCCAGGGAUUACCUCCUACCUACCCUACAAUCUCACAAAAAUUACCUCUUUAUAAUAUUAACCGGGACCGGGAUUCUCGGUCUCGAGAACUUCGAGAAUCUUGACAAUUUCGAUACCCGAAAUUUGCUACUUACAGUUCAGGGAUGAACGAGACUUUCGCGACUAAAACAAAAACACAGACAAGGACGCAGUAUUGAGGUUUGCCUAUAGGUAUUCAUAAUGAGGCUGCCAUUAAAAAUGAAAGCGUAUGGUAUAAUUGGACAAAUAUGCAUAGAAGUUUCUAAAUAUUAUGUGAUAAAUGUAAAAUUAUCAAUAAACUCACGUAUGUACAAAUUUAUCUAGCACUGAUACAAUGUACUUGAUGUUAAGAAAUAAGUAUCAUCAGCGUAAAGUAUUUUUAUGGGAAUUUCGUAGGAUCUGGUUUCCAAUGCUGAGUUCUAACUUAUUGUUAUUGCAAAAGACAAAUAUUUUUAAGUUUAUCCUGCUAACUUUGCAUUGCACUUUAGUAAUGAAAUUUCGAUCCAUUUGCGGUCAAAUGAAAAGCAACCUAUAUAUUAUUUUCUGACUUAUAGAAAGAAAGGUGCUAAAGAUCUCAUUUAUUAACAGAGUGACUACAUUAGUAUCUAUUAUUUCCAUGCCACCAAAAUAUUUCCUUAAGACUUUGUAUACGCACAAAAGCCUUAUAGUUAUAAUAUAAUUAACUACAAAUGAUAGCGGAAAUCUUAGCGUAAAUAGCUAUCUAUAUUUCAUCAUUCCACAAGCCACAUAGAGGAAAAGUUAUAAGCUUAGACACUAUUACCUGACAUUAUUGGUAACUAUGGACUCAAGAUAUUUCGAAACUCAAAAGCUUUUAUGAUCAAUCAGCAUUAAAAUUGUGGGCAAUUGUUAUAAUUUGAAAAACUUGCUCUUGUUACGUUCUCUGUAUUGUAUGUUUUGUAUUUAGUAGAGCACUUUACUCAGCUAAUUGACAUUGCAUCUGCUCAUUUACAAUAGUCCUAGAGACAAAAGAAGUGGCGUGACAAAAAUGCACUGCCUACCUUGACUCGUUUCGAAUCUGUGUUGGAAAAGGAAUUUUCUAUUUAGUACAAUAUAUAUAGCGCAUACCCUAGUUAAAUACAUUGCGCGCCACUGCCUAAUAUCAGAACCUUAUUUAAAGGACGUUUGCACCAGAUCCUACAAAAUGUAUUUCGUGUACAAAAGCCCUCUUAUCAAUACAAUAAAUUGAUUGACCUCUUCAUUGAUGGUAUUCACAUCAAUGAUACAAUGAUUCCGUCGAUUGUUAAACAAAAAUGUUUAAAAAGUAGCAAAAAAGUAGAUAGUCACGAAAUAUGCUACGCUUUCGCUUUCACGACAUAAAAAAACAGCUAUAGUGAGUACUCGCCACGGAAGUUGAACGAGAUGACAGUGUUAUUGCACUGGUUCAUCCUGCUAACAUGCGAUCUACGAGAUGAUCUGAUGAAGGAAAUAGACAAAUUUCAAACAACGGCGGUGCAAAUGGAAACUGGAAGAGUUAGCUCUUUCUUUGCCUUGGGACGAAAGAGAUGGUAUUGGGAUAUCUCCGCCGCCAAUGGCGCGAAUUUGCGACCAACGAGAUAAUCUCGGGAAGAGAGAGAAUGGUUGUACAACCAGAAAUGGUUGUACAAGCGCUGGGACGAAAGAGAUGGAACUGGGACAACUCUGGCGCCGUUGGACGAUACUUUCUCUAUUCCUAUACGUAGAGCUUCAACUUCCAUGGAUAUUACUGCACAAUAUUUUACUAUAAUAGUGAUUAAUAGGUGUGUCUGUGUUAACUGUCUUAGUAAUACAAUUGAAUGGGAGUAUAUUUUUGAAAUAGUUAGGCUAAUGAAUUGUUUAACUCGCGCCAAACUUAGUGGCCGAUAUAAGCCUGGGCGAAAUAAAUUUACGAAAUGUAAACUAUUACCUACCCCCUGGGGACGUAAAAUCUUUAUCGCCCUAUAUGAUAUCUACAGGAACAUUCUGGAUUGUGUGAAGUUUACAUUCCUUAAUAUGAUGAAAGAUUUUACAGUUAUUUUUUGGAGUCCCAAUAUAUCUAUAUCUGGAACAUAUUUAUACGUAUUUAAUAUACAUUAUUAGUAUUAUUCCUUUCAUACAAAGUUAAUAAAUUAUAUACGUCUGGUUUUAAUUUAUUAACUUUGUACCAUACCACUCUAAUGAUCCUUUCACACGAUUUAUUUAUAAACUUUGCGUUUCAGGGAUUAUUUUAUCUCUGCGUUUGGUAACACCGCAAUUGAUUGAUUGAUUGAUGCUAUAUUUUAAUCGCUUGAAAGUAUUCAUUAAAAAAAUAUUAAGGAUGGUUUUGUUUUGAAGUUUUUGACUUGCCAUUAAGUUUGGCGCGACAUAUAGUUUGUAUUCGGUAAUAAUAAUAAUUGUCACUCGUGUGUGUUACGCCUAAAUCAAGCACAAUGUUUACUAGCUACGUCGGAACUGAACGUGUGUCGCAACGCAACGCUAAGGUUUCCUCCUAUACUUGUUGGUUUAAGCCACAGCGUCUUCGCCGGCGAAGAUGAGGUCCCAAGUUUUAUGGUAACCAGGACGUGGAUAUAGGUAGAGGUUCAAGACAAAACCCCUCCUACCCAAAAUCACGUGUACUUUUGAGUUACUACAAAGAGUUUCUACAAAGAAGAAGAAGAAAUUAUUCUGUUUAAAUACAGGUAUUUAUUCUGAAAUUAAGAACCAUGAUGAAAUGUCUACGACAGAUAGGUUGCAGGUUGUUGUUGCAACAGAGAAAUUGCGCGUUGGACGAAAAAAAUAAAUCGAAAUGAAAAACACUUGAUAACUUACUAAACCCCCUUUCCACCCUAGUGAUAUUAUGUGAUUGCCAACCUUAAAGGAUGACCUUCGUCCUAAAGGUAGUUGAGUCCAUGUUUGAGACUGUUCGGUUUCUCAGUAUCUUUUCAGUCAGUUUGCGUUGCGUUGCGACUCGUAUCAGUGUGAACAAGCCUUAAUGUUUGUAUUACAUUAUGUGGUGCAUUUAUUUUUAAAUACUUAUUUUCAGUUUACUUAUUUACCUUGUUUAUAAUAUUUAUUAUUUCGUGUAAAUUGUUGUGCUACUUUAGCGAUGAUUCAACCUUUACUCUAAUAUUUUCUUGUCUAAUAGACUAUAACUAGUUUUACAUGGUUUUAUAUAAAUACCUACCUAUAAAUACAUACAUACUGGUGUUAGGAUGAAUCAUCAUUAAAUGUAAUGAGUUACUUAGUCGGAAAAAUUAUCAAGAGUGAGAUAAUGAGAUUGACAGUUAGUUUAUAAGUUUCGUUGAAUUUUUUCAUAUAUUUUUUUUUGGUUUUCUACUGUUUUAUGGUACCCUAGUAUUAAGUUUAUAGAUCUGCUUGCUGGAAAUGGAAAAUAACACGAAAUGCUAAGGCUGGUCCCUUGUAAAGCUUCAGCAGCGUAAACUAAACGUGUUUAUUUAUUAAAUACUUGGCAAAACA